UAUCUUAACAUACAAGUGUCACAAGAAGGCACAGCAAUUUUUGAAUUAAUUUGUAGAUUACAAGAACCCAUGCCACAAUAUGUGCUAGGUCUCAUUUCUGUUAUCGCAACAUUGGGGACAGCACCAUUUGG